CAACAUCAGUACCUCCCCUUGCAUUGACAAGAUUGUCUUCCCUAUCGGAAAUCAGAUCUUCCAUCUGCUGACAUGUAAAUUAAGUUUCUCAAGUCUACAAUCAUUUCGAAAUUUUCAUUAUUACAAUUUCAUAUUUUUAUCAUAUCUUAUCAUUAAAAGAUAACUGACCCCAAUAUUAUGGCAUUUUCAGUGCCUAGGUCCAUCACACAGAAAUUUCACUACUCUGGCAUUAAUUAUGCUGCUGUUAGAACAACUAUCUCUGCCUCUCGUUUCAGCAGCGGUAGUCCUUUGCUUGUCAUAUUUAGUGUUAGGUUAUUGGAAACGAAAUUUCAGGUUGCCUCCAGGUCCUUGGGGUUUGCCAUUUUUUGGCUAUUACCCAUUCUUGUCUAUUAAACCACAUAUUGAUUUAGCACGUUUAGCAAAGAAAUAUGGCAACGUUUUCUGCUUUAGGACAAUUGGAGGCAAACUUUUCGUUGUCAUCAGUGGCGCGAAACUCAUCAAAGAGGUGUUUGUGGGCAGAGCGGAAGAAUUUAUUGGUAGGCCGAAAGAAAUCACUUCUAUGGAAUGGAUCUCUAAUGGUUUAGGUAUAGCUCAAGAAGAAGGGUCACCAUGGAAGGAACAUCGUCGGUUUUUUCUCCAAACAGCCAAAAGUUUCGGAUUUGGAAAGACCGCGAUAGAAGAAAAGAUACAGGAAGAGAUCAAAACUUUGCUAGAUGACUUGAAGGAAACAAACGCUAAACCAGUUGACUUUGCUUUCCACGUCUCUUACGUGAUUAAUAGUGUCAUUUCUCACGUCUUAUUUUUACGAAAGUUUAAAAAGGAUGGAAAUGUUUUCGCAGAACUUUCUAAAGGUGUUCAUGAUUUAAUCGAUACGUUCACAGACAAUCGACUAAUGCUAGUUGGUUCGUUUUUCAAGUAUAUUGUAAUGAAACUGUUUCCAAGCUCUGAGAAGUUACACAGAGGAAGGCAUCUUUUAAAGAAGACAGUGGAUGCUAUUGUAGACGAACAUAUAAAAACUUUCGAUCCCAACUAUCUCAGAGAUUAUGUGGAUUGUUACCUGAAUCAAAUGGAGAAUCUUAAAAAGAGUGGAGAUGUUGAUGCCAGCUCUUUUACUAUGGAUAGACUACGAGCCAUUGCUAUGAAUAUGUUGAUGGAAGGAAGUGGAUCACUAACUAUCUGUCGUCUCCUGUUGGAAUUAAGUAAACACCCAAAUGAACAGAAACUUGCUCAAAUGGAACUGGAUGCUGUAGUUGGCAGGGAACGUCUUCCAUCUUGGAUGGAGAGACAGAAAAUGCCUUAUGUUGAAUCUCUCAUUCUCGAACUUUUCAGAACAGCGAUGAGUUUCUAUAUUACAUCACAUUAUUCAAAUUUUGAAGAGACAAAGAUUCAAGGCUAUAGAAUUCCUCGUCGAAGUAUAGUAAUUGCAAAUCUUUGGACCAUCAACAACGAUCCAGAAAUCUAUCUUGAACCUUCUAAAUUCGACCCCAAUAGGUUUCUGGGAAAAGAUGGCAAAAGGAUAAAAACAGAAGGUCCCUAUCCUUUCGGCGUUGGAAAAAGAUCUUGUGUUGGAGAAGCUUUAGGUCAAAUGGAAGUUUUUCUCAUCAUCUCAGCUAUUCUUCAGAAUUUCACAAUUUAUCCAGGAGACAGCAUUCACACUUUGAGAGCUGUCCCAAGGUCACCAUAUUUCUACACCCAGAUGAUGUUUUACGAUUACAUAGAAAAUUUUUCAAAUGUCUCUACUUUCUCAGUGGGCAUAGCAGUGAUAGCUGUUCUUCUGGGAAUCAUAUUUUAUUUCAUAAGAGAUCGAGGAUUGCCUCCAGGACCUACAGGUGUCCCCAUCUUAGGAAUUUAUCCAUUUUUAGAUCAUGACAAAUGUCACCUGCAGCUGGAUGAAUUCACGAAGAAGUAUGGAAAAUUCUUCAGUUUUAGAGUGGCGGGGCAACUGUACGUGAGCUUAGGAAGCCCAGAACUCAUUCGAGAAAUCCAUGUUACAAAGGCAGAUGUGUUUAGUGACAGGCACACUGGGUUCAACCUAUUUACGUCUGAAUUUAGUGGAGGUGUCGCUUUUAUUAAUGGAGAACCGUGGAAAAUUCUUCGAAAAUGUUUUCUCCAAAGCUUUAGAGAUUUUGGAAUGAUUUCUAUGAGAGAUAAUCUGUCUGGACCAAUGUAUGACAUUCUAAACUCUACUAUUAGUGAACUACGAGCUCUGAAUGGGAAACCAGUCGAUAUUAUUGACUUACUAAUGGACAAAAGCAUGAAUGUACAACGUCGGACUCUAUUUGGGCACUAUCCUAUUACAGAACAGCAAAUACAAGACAUUAUUGAGCCUUACAAAAUCGUUCUGGAAACCCAGGGAGGAUCUAACUCGUUUCUUGUUGGAACUAUGGGAAAAAACUUGGUAUUUCGACGACUGCCUUGUUAUCAUGCAUUUGUUUCCAGCCAAAAACGUAUGGAAGAUGCCUUGAAUAAAAUUAUAGAUGAACAUGAAAGAACCCUCGAUGAGGAUAAUAUACGUGACGUAAUGGAUGCUUAUUUGAGAGAAAGAAAUGAGCGACAGAGAAAAGGAGAUCCCACAGCGAAAUAUUUUACAAGACAAGCUUUGAUGUCAUCAUUUGCUCAGUUCGUCGGGGAUGGUCUUGUUCCUAUUGUCUAUGCAGUUGGAGUGUGUUUUCAUGCCUUAACGCAAUAUCCUGAAGAGCAAGAUAAGAUAUAUAAAGAAAUUCUUGAAGUAGUCGGCCAGGAUCGACAACCAAGUAUGGAAGACAAAAGCAAAUUAUCAUAUACAAAUGCCUUCAUCUUUGAAGUCUUCCGAACAUCCGAUUUUUUUCCAUUUUUUCCUAGUCUGAUGAAUACAAAAGAAGUAAAUGUACAAGGCUACAGAAUUCCUAAAGGAACUAUAGCUGUGAUAAACAUGUGGUCAGCUCAUCAUGAUCCUGAAGCAUAUGAAGAACCUUAUAAAUUUAAUCCAUCCCGAUACAUUUCCCAGCCAGGAAAAAAGAAAGAAGAGCUUCCAUUUAUAUUCGGAAUCGGUAAGCGAUCUUGCAUUGGAGAGGCAUUUACAAUGAUGCAAGUUUUUCUUUUCUUGACAAGUAUCAUAAAAAAUUUUCGUAUUGCUUUGCCUGAAAAAGAAGAAACCAGUAAAUCUGUAUUUUCAAUGAAAUUGAAAAUACAUGCUCACCCUAGGUAGCUGAAGUGAAAGAAAUUAUUUACUUUUAUGAAUGUUGUCACUUUUUAUUUAUUUUAUCAUAUUCAAAAUAUUAGUAGUUCUAAAUAUAUAUUCGCAGUAUAAAGCCUAUCUGUCUUCGCAUUAACUCUUUGAAAACCGAAGCCUUCUCUAACCUGUAUGUUAAAAUACCGAAUCGCACGAAAUAGUUUUCGAGAAUCACAGAAAUGUCCAUCCCUCUACAUCCAUUAACGCACAAAGAAGAGUGAAGAUUUCAAAUAACAUACUUUCAAUUUCUAAAAAAUAAAGAUAAAAAACCACAAAUAAAUCCUUUUAGGACAAGCUGCAUGCAAUAAAGUGAUACAAUGCAUUUGGGGAAACUGCACCCGCUAUUGCAUAUCUUAGGGAAGCUAAGAACAUUGGAAUUUCGGCCGUUUGGGGCGCUUGUGGUCGUUUGAAUGAAAGGUCGUCUGAGGCGUUAUGGUCUUCAAAGUGUUAAUAAAGUAACUUACAAUGUAAAAUAAUAUUUGAAAUGGAAAUUUUCAGUAUAUUAUAUGUGUUUACAAAUUUAUGCUUGAUCAUACAUAGAUUUUGAAACCUUUUCGUAAUAAUCUGAAGAAAUGUUUUUAUAUAAUGGGAUCAGUAUAAUGUUAUUAUGUAACGCAUGUAUAUUAAAUGUUAUAAAGCUUUUUUAAGAAUUGAA